UUAGCUCUAGCACUGGUUAGUCUGGUGGUUGCUGAGGUUCACUCAGUAGUAUAGUAGUAUAGUGUGUAGUGCUGGCGAGAUAGGUCGCAAUUCUCUCUCUCUCUCUCUCAAUCUUUCUCUCACACCCUUUCUCUCCUGAAGAUAGUUUUAAAAAGGCGCAACUAGUGGAUAGUGAUAAGUGUCCAACAAUACUUCGAAGUACAAAGACAGAUUCCUCCGAAGGUGAUGAGUCAUGCGGCGCCCUUACGCCUGCUAUGGCAGGUCCUGCAUUCGGGUUGCACCAGGGCACCACCACCAUCACGCCCACGGCGCUUGUCAAGCGCCCUUUGGGCGACGAGGCGCCUCUGCUCUUCCUCGCCCAUGCCCUUGGCCGAAGCAGAGGCUGUCAGCACGCCCAUUCCCGAAAUUACGGAAGCCUUCCCCCAUUUGCGCACUUACGAGAGCAUUUACAACUUUUCCGUGGAGCAGAGGAGUUCUGGGGAAGGCUGGGAAGGACCAGACUGGAAUGGAUGAGGGACUUCACGGUCGUUGCAGACCACGACAGGGAGAAGGCCUCGUUCAGGUGGUUUCCAGACGGACAGUUAAACGUUUCAGUUAACUGUGUGGACCGCCAUGCUCGGAAGGAUCCGGACAGAGUGGCGCUCAUCUGGGAGAAAGACGAGGCAGGACACCAUGAAAUGAUCACAUACAAACAACUCCAAGACCUGGUAUGCAGGUUGGCCAACGUCCUGCUGGACUGCGGGGUCAAACGAGGUGACAGGGUGGCCUUAUACCUCCCGGCGUCGCCCCUAGCAGCAGCCUCCAUGCUGGCCUGCGCUAGGAUAGGUGCCGUUCACUCCGUCGUCUUCGCCGGGUUUUCUGCGGAGGCUCUUGCCUCUAGGGUACAAGAUGCUGGGGCGGAAACGAUCAUCACGAUGGACCAGGCCGUGAGAGGAGGGAAGGUCAUCGAGCUGAAGAAGGUCGUGGACGCUGCCGUGGCCAGAUGCCCCUCCAUCAGGCAGGUCCUGGUAGGGACCAGAACUGGAGCCAGCGUGAACAUGGGGCCCAAAGAUAUCAAACUCGAUAAGAUCCUGGAAUCUGCCAGCACUGAAUGUACCCCAGCCGUCCAGGACGCAGAAGACACACUGUUCCUCCUCUAUACCUCUGGAAGCACUGGCUCUCCGAAGGGCGUCGCGCACACCAGCGCUGGAUACUUACUGUAUACUUCGGUUACUCAUCAGCACGUGUUCGACUACAAAGAUGGCGACAUAUUCGGCUGCGUCGCAGAUGUCGGCUGGAUCACCGGGCACUCCUACGUCGUCUACGGGCCCUUGGCUAAUGGAGCCACCACCGUCCUUUUCGAGAGCACUCCUGUGUAUCCUGAUCCUGGACGUUACUGGGAGACAGUGUCCCGCCUGGGCAUCACUCAUUUCUACUGUGCCCCAACUGCCCUGCGCCUCCUCUUGAGGUACGGGGACGAUUGGGUUAAAAAAUACGACCGCUCUUCGCUGAGGGUACUUGGCUCUGUCGGCGAACCCCUGAAUCUGGAGGCUUGGCACUGGUUCCAUGACGUGGUUGGAGAAGGUGCCUGUACCCUCGUUGACACUUGGUGGCAAACAGAGACUGGUGGCAUCAUGCUCAGCCCACGGCCGUCCUACCCAGAUGCCCCGGUGAAACCUGGCAUGCCCAUGAGACCUAUGUAUGGUAUACGACCCGUGCUCUGUGAUGCUGGUGGGCAGGAAGUCCAGGGUCUUGGUGUUGAUGGGGCACUGUGCAUAGGCUCCGUUUGGCCGGGCAUCUCCCGGACAGUCUAUGGGGACCACAAGAGAUACCUCGAGACGUACUUCUCGCCCUUCCCUGGGUAUUACUUCAGUGGGGAUGGUGCCCACAGGGACACCGAUGGGCACUACCAAAUCACAGGUCGAAUGGAUGACGUCAUCAACGUCACAGGGCAUCGGCUGGGUACCGCCGAAGUAGAGGAUGCCAUGACGGAGCACCCAGAGAUCGCAGAGGCGGCGGUGGUGGGCUUCCCCCACGACGUGAAGGGCGAGGGCAUCCUGGCCUUCAUCAUCCUGAAGGAGAAUCCGGAGUCGACGGAGGAACAGAUCCUGCAGGACCUCAAGAAGUUGGUCAGGACGAAGAUCGCUGGAUAUGCCAUUCCAGAUUUCACGUUGGUGUGUACGGGGCUCCCGAAGACACGUUCCGGAAAGAUCAUGCGACGUAUCCUGCGCAAGAUCGCCGCCGGAAAACCGGACGAGCUCGGGGACAUCUCGACCUUGGCUGACCCCUCCGUCGUCAAGAUCAUCAUCGACACGUACAACGCGAAGGUCAAGCAGACGUAGGAAGCUCCUCCUCCUUAAGUGGUGGUUGGCCAAUGACAAAACGAGCGAGCAGUUCUACAUAGUUUUUUUAAAAAUUGUGUCAGAGAGCUCUAUAUUUUCAUAUACUGACGAUAAAGGAAGUUACGCAACGGUAGAAUCGACUUAGGGAACUCCUUAGUCAUAGAAGUUAGCCAAUGACAAAACUGCCAGUCUUGUCUAUUCAUCGUUUGUAUCAAAGUAAUCUAUUUUCAUAUGCUUAUUGAGGGAAAGGGAUUAUUCUUAAAAGUAAUAUAUUCCAUCCACAUAACCUUGCAUCUCUAUGGGGCAGGAAAGGUCUUCUUCACAAGUGCCUUUGUACAGAAGUGUACUUAAAGCUUGCAGGGAUUAUCAGGUAAAUCUAGAAUUAAAUUCGACAAUGCUAUGCUAUAUACAUGUGUAUACAUGUAUGUAUUUUGUGCUGACGCUGGUCAGAAAAGUCUCCUGAAUCAUAUAUAUAGAACAAAGAUGCAACUCCUCUCGUGUCUUUAGUAUUUUUGAAAAUGCUUCUCUCAACUGCAAGAGGAUUUGAAACUUGAAGAAUUCUGCUUUGUCUGUGAUUUGCUUCAUUCCAGAUCAUACUGUGUAUGAUAGAUGCGCUUCAGAGGUUGUUAUAUUUCAAGACUGACUUGAUUUAUUUCCAGUAAAUUUUUAAAAUAAUUUGGAAAUGUUUCCAGUGUUUCUGUAGCAAUUUUUAUCUUUUUUUAGAUUAGACAAGAUCCAAGACUCUAAAACUGUAGUUGAGGUAAGGACGUGGAUUCCAGAUGUCUGGUCCCCAGAAUGUUUAUGUUAUUCUAAGUUUUGCUUUACCUCGAUCCUUUGUGGAAUUCCGGAUAAUUUAGGUUAGUUUAUGCUUUGUGUUGCUUGGCCCCUCUUGGAAUUCUGGAACAUUUCAAUAAUUAUGAACUUUGUGUUGCUUAAAACCCUAUAGACUUCAGGAAUUUUGAUUAAACCAGAAGUUUUUUUACUCUUCUAGACUAUACUCUGUUUGUUUUCCAUCUGUCCACCCGCUUGUGGUGUUUGCGUAUGGUAACACUGCAUCCCGGGCUUUAGAUAGUUACGUUAUGUGUAAGUUUUAGGUAAAUAAAAGGAUAUCUGGGUGUACAUUUGCAACUGAGAAGUGUUUUAAUAAUUUACUGUAUGCGAAUUACACCGUUAAUAUUCGAAAUAGGAUGUUAUUUUUGUUGAAUGUAAGCUGAAUGUAACUAUCUAAAGCCCAAGACGCAGUAUUACCAUACGCAAACACCACAGGCGGGUGGACAGAUGGAAAAAACCGAGUAUAGGCAGGUAACAUCACCUGUCUUAAGACGUUCACUGGGGUGAUGACCUUAUUCAGCUUCAGGCUUGACCUUGUUUGAUUUAAAACUUCCAGAUUGUCUCAGUCUCUGGUCAUAUAUAUAUAUAUAUAUAUAUAUAUAUAUAUAUAUAUAUAUAUAUAUAUAUAUAUAUAUAUAUAUAUACAGAAUGCAAAUCUUAGCUUGAGAACAGGGUUUUAUGGUGAAGCCUUGUGGUGUUCAGAAAAUUUAACUAGCUACAGGUAAAUGGUGCUUUACUAUAUUGAGCAAAUUUGGUGCUCAGUGAAAAAAUGCAUUGUGCCUCAAAACAGUGAUUUUCGGUUGACUAAAGAUUUGAAAGGUAUUAAGAUGUAUACUGGUUAGUGUUUGUGUCUUGAUUUGAAAGGGUUAUCAGAUAACAUUGUCAUCUUGAAGUCAACUGUCAUAGGGUCAUUUCUCUCUCUAUUGUUGACGAACUGAGCUGAUUUUAUGCUAAGCACAGCGUCCUAUCUAUUAAGCAGCUCGUGUAGUGUUUCACACCCUUCCACUUCCUCAAGCUUUAAUGAAACCAAGUAGAAAAGAUUAAGAGCGGUAUAACAAGGGAUAAAAGGCUGGAUGCAAAUUUACAAAUAGAGCUGACGGUUUUCAACCAAUUUAAAUGGUAGAGGAUUUAGAUGAACCUUUUAGUGCUCGACAAUGUAAAUAGCCCUUUCAGUUCUUGAAAAUUUAAAUAACCUCUUCAGUGCAAGAUAAUUUAAUAGCAUCUUCUGUGCUCGAAAAUGUAGGUAGCAUCUUCAGUUCUCGAAAUUUCAGUAGCAUCUCCAGUUCUCUAAAACUCAAGUAGCAUCUUCAACGCACGAAAAUUGAAGUAGCAGCUCCAAUUCUCGAAAAUUUAAGACAAUGAAAAAACGUGUGGUAUUUUCUACAGGCUUACUAAUACAAUUCUGAAGGACUGAAAAAUUACAUGAUCAAGAUAUUAAAUAAUGUGAGUGAAACUUUGAGUAAGAAAAUCGAAAACAUACUUUUAUUGUAGUUUUCUGUCUUUUCUUUCAAUUUUAUAUAUCACUUGUUAGAAAUGUACUUAAGUAAGGACAAUAAACAGUAUAUUUUAUGUUUUAAACGAAGCAUUUGUUGUAAAACAAAUAAAAAGUGGUUAUAUGAAA